AUGUCAAUUAAUUUUAUGAUGAAAAAGAAGCAUUUUACUUUACCUUUAAUAAUAGUGUCGGUUUUGUUUUUUUCGAUUAGAUGCGUUUCUGCUCAAAAUGUUUCUAAUCUAACUAGUUUACUUAGUCGUAUAACUAAUAUAAAUAAUCCGGCAUCACUAACCAGUAGCUCUACUCCAACUAGUGGUCCAACCCCAACGCCAUCUAGUCUAACUCUAACUAAUACAACUAGUAGUCCAACUAAUACAACGAAUACAACUAGUAGUCCAACUCCUAGUGGUGGUUCAGCUGGUAGUUCAACUGCGACUGUUACUCCUACUCCUAUUUCUAAUGCCGCCGAUGGUUCGAUUAAUAAUUUAAAUAUGUGGAAAGAUAAAUUAAAUCGUAUGAUUAUUUGUUUUUGGACGAUUUGCGUUGCUUUUGUUUACGUAAUUUUGACUUAA